CUGGGAGCUGGUCAUUUUGUUGGUUCAUAAUAAAACUGUGAAGUGAUGAAUGAAUAACUUUGAAGAUAUGAAUAUUAUAAUUACUGGUAUGUGAACUGCAGAUUGAUAAUUUAAAAUGAAUAUGAUAGUGAUCUUUACAUAGGCCUGAGGAUAUAGAGGAAUAAUUCAUGGUAAUCACUAAAGAUGAAAGUAAAAUGUUUGAAAUAUAAAAGGUGACUCAAGAUUUAAUUUUUGAAAGCAUUUGAUAGGCUACCAUAAAGUCCCUGAAUUAAGAAAAUUUUGCAUUACUUUUUUGUAUCAAAAAUGAAACAAAAAAAUGGCAGGUCAUUGUAUACUUGAGAUGUUUUUAGUGUUUAGUAAACCACUCUGAUGCAUCAGACAUCUGUUUGUUUCUGUGGCAUGAAAUUGUGUUGAAAGUAUCUUGUAAUUUGUUCAAGUCUUAUGAAAUUAUUUCAACUAGUUCCUUAUGUAACUGCAUUGUUCAAGGGGAAAGUAAUCUGUAAUUUAACUCUGAUGAAGGGGUAAUGCUCUCAACAUCAGGUUGAGAAACUCUUUAUGGUGGCCAGUUUACUUGAUCAACUUGGUUGAUUAGAUCAAAUUAUCAUGUAAUUAUACCAUUUUGAUCUAGUUGGUUUAAGUAUUUGUGAUGUUCUUUUUUUUUUAAUAGACUGUCUUACCAAUAAUGAAUGAUUACACUGAAGUAGAAACUUGUGUUGAGUGCUCAGCAAAGGAUCUGAAAAAUAUAUCUGAGAUGUUUUACUAUGCACAGAAGGCAGUCCUCCAUCCUACUGCUCCUCUCUUCUCUGCUGAAACCAAGGAGUUAAAACCAUUAUGCCAGGCUGCUCUCACAAGAGUUUUUAAGAUAUCAGAUAAGGAUAAUGAUGGCUUACUGAGUGACAAUGAAUUGAAUGAGUUCCAGAAUCGAUGUUUCAAUACCCCUCUGCAAGGACAAGGUUUACAAGAUGUUAAAAAUGUAGUCAGGAAGAAUGUCGAGGGAGGAUUACAAGAUGGUGGACUUACAUUAAAAGGUUUCCUGUUUCUUCACACACUCUUUAUCCAGAGGGGGAGACAUGAAACAACAUGGACUGUUCUCAGAAAGUUCGGAUAUGGUGAUGAUCUUAAGCUCAGACCUGAUUAUUUGUGUCUUACGAUUGACAUGGGGGCAGAUCAAACAGUGGAAUUAUCAGAUGCAGGAUAUCAGUUUCUUAUUGACCUCUUCCAGAGACAUGACAAGGAUGAAGAUGAAGCCCUUUCUCCUGAGGAACUUCAAGCACUCUUUGGUACCUGCCCGACAAUGCCUUGGGGUGAAGAUGUUCUUAGCUCUGUUGAAACUAAUGCCAAUGGAUGGAUAACUCUCCAAGGAUUUCUAGCUCAGUGGGCGCUAACGACUUUCUUGGAUUACACUAGAAUGUUAGCAUAUUUAGCAUUUUUUGGUUACAUUCAUCAGGAAAUUGAAGCUUCCCUUUCUACCGCAAUAACAGUCUGUUCCCCUCUUCCUUUUACUCUGGUCUCUUCUGUCUCUCGCCUCAUUCAGAUGCGAAAAAAGUUACGACUUUUACCUUCCUCUUACUCUCAAUGGAGCCAAGCAAAAACUCAACUGGUUACUCGGAGUAAAGCUGUUGACCUACAGAAGAAACAGACAUCUCGCUCUGUAUUUCAGUGUUACGUAUUUGGACCACCAGGCGUUGGAAAGACGUCCUUCCUUCAAGCAUUUUUAGGGCGAACCCUUGAGCCUGGCGAAUCAGAAAAGGAAUUGUCGAAUUAUGCCAUUAAUCUACUAGAGGUGAACAGACAAGAAAAAUACCUAGUGUUACGUGAAAUCGAAUGGGAAAAUUCUGGAUUUCUGUUGCACGACAGACGAUGUGAUGUGGCCUGUUUUCUUUAUGACUCGUCGGAUCCUGCUUCGUUUACACAAGUGGUACAACUGCGAGAGAAACUUCCCAAAACAGUUCCUUGUAUGUUAGUUGCUGGCAAAAGUGAAGGCGUUGCAGCUAAACAGGAUUUUGAAAUGCAGCCGUCUUUGUACUGCUCGUUAAACAAGUUACCGCCUCCUCAGCCAUUUUCAUCCCUUAACAGACCAGACAUGCACAGAGCUAUCUACGACAGCCUCGCCCAAAUGGCCGUUUAUCCGCACCUCUGCGGCCCUAAUGCAGACAGUGUGACGUCAUAUUGGAUUAUGGCAGGCUUUACAGCCGCGCUCGUAGCAACCGCUGGAAUAGUGGUGUUCAGAUACUUGAAAAAGGGAGGUUCGACCACGUGACAAGAAACCAAGCGUAUUAGGAAUAUAUACUAACAAGGCGUUUAUUUUGCCUUUGUAUUGAACCACGGAGUUCAAAAUGUAAAGAGGUUCUAAAUUGAAAAACUAUAAGCCAAAUGUGGAAACAAGAGGAUCAAUCAUAACAAAGUGGACAUAUUUUUAUUUUCAAUGGAAUUGUAAAAGUUUCCUUUUUACCCAUUAUUGUAGUAAUGUAGGAGUUUGUGAUGGGAACAAUUUUUGUGAAUCUCGAUCUUUAGCUCGGUUAAUUCUCGUAUUUGAAACAAAAACUAGGAUUGUUUGAAUUUGUUUUUUCCUUGCGGACAAGUUUCAUUAAGGAGUUCCUCCUUUGUCCGUAGCUGUGUAAUAUCGUCUAACAACGUUUAAAUACCUGUUGUCCAGAAACUUUUAAAAUUUAAACAUGGAAAUAUUU